CACCUGUGCCCAGCAGUGCACCCACCUGUGCCACCCAGCAGUGUCACACAAGUGUGCCCAGCAGUGCCACCCACCUGUGCCCACCAGUGCCGCCCACCUGUGCCCAUCAGUGCAGCCCAGCAGUGCUGCCAGUCAGUGGCGCCAGUCAGUGCCCAGCGGUUGUGCCAGUCAGUGCCCAGCAGUGCCGCCAGUCAGUGCCCAGCAGUGCCGCCAUCAGUGCCACCUAUCAGUGCUGUCUAUCAGUACCCAUCAUCAGUGUCGCCUAUCCGUGACACCUCAUUAGUGCUGCCUAUCAGUUCUGCUUAUCAGUGCCCUUCAGUGCUGCCUAGCAGUGCCCAUCAGUGCCGCCUAUCAGUGCUGCCUCAUCAACGCACAUCAUUG